AUGAGGGCUAGCAACACCUUGAGCGCGGGAAACCUGAAAAUGCAUACCAGCCAGACGAGUGAGACCUUGGCUGGUGAGAAAGGAGGAGGAGAAGGAGGAGGAGGAGGAGGAGGAGGAGGAGGAGGAGGAGGAGGAGGAGGAGUCAAACUCGACAGCAGCGAACGUAUAAGAGAAAAGGGAAAAGGAAGAGAAGAAGAAUCAAAGUCUUCGCUUCCUCAGAGCCCAAGCGACUCCUCCUCAUCUACCUCUCCCACAUUCAAGAAGCUCGUCUGCCAUAUCUUAAUUUUUGUCGGCCUUCUUCUCGCCUUUUUCGCUUAUUUACGCUUUCUAUCAUCAUCUCCCAUGCCAACAGCCACCCACACCCGCUUAUCAACGUCCACGCCCGUAAACGAGAGUGCUCCCUCAUCGCCUCAUGGGGCACAAAAUUCGAACCCCAAGCCGUCACCUCCCUCACGCUACACCCGCUACGCAACCCCACUUCCCGACCAAACCUUUAUCCUCCUCGAAUCCUCCACCGGUCGAGCUUUGACUUUAACCGACGGGAAGCUGGGUCUGGCUCACGUACCGGAUUCGGAUCUUAUCAGCAUCAGCGACAAACCCGACCGAGCCGUAGUAGCUGUGCCUCCAUGUGUAACCAAAGGCCAAUGUGCCUGGUACUGGCACUGCAUCGAGACCUCUGGGUGGCUCGGCUUCCGCAACAAAGCCUCGGGAACCUUUUUGGAGCAUGAUAUCGGGGGCAGGAAAAUCUUUGCGACGGCGUACAAGCAUAACGAGUGGGAGUGGAUGGCUGUAAGGCCGGCGCCGGGCGAGAAAGAAGGGUGGUAUCUGAUGAUGCAGCAUUGGUGGAAGUUACACAAGAUUCAGUUCUUGAAGGAUCGGAGGGAGUUCGCAAUGAGAGAGACGAGAGGUUUGCAGGAGGUGGAGGGGACAGUUUGGGAGUUUAUUAGGGCUUGA